GGCUUUCCGCGCGGGAUGCAGCCAACGGCCGCGAGAGGGCGCCCGCGGGCCCCGGCGUCCUCGUUACCCGGGGCAACCGCGGCGCUCAGGCCUGCGAGGGGCAGGACCGUGUGCACCGAGGCCCGGAGCUUCUGGAGCAUGGAGCCGGGGCCCGGGGCAGGCGCCAAGGCGGCGCGGACCGCCGCGGUCUGCACCGGGAGCUCGCUGGAGCUGUGCGCCUUCCCCGCCACCCUGGGCUCCUCGAUCGCGACCGCCGCACUCGAGCAGCUUUUCGUCGUGGAACAGUCUCUACAAAGCGACUAUUUUAAAUGCAAUGAAGAAGCUAGGAUCUUUCUUAAGGACAUUGCUCUUGCUGUUAAAAAAUUGGAAGAAAUGAGAAAAACCACAAUUGAUCAUCUGGAAAUGGAAACCAUGGAACUCAGCAGAUUCUACUUUGUGUUGCAGACUCUGCCUGACAAGAUGAACAGAGAACUAGAAGAGAGUAUCCGAGAUGCUCGCAGGUUAAAUAUCUGUGAGAUAAAACAAAUGCAAACAAGAAUUAAUACGAAGGAUGAAGAAAUAACAUCUCUAAAGGAGACAAUAACUGCUCUGAAAGAAGUGAAUGAAGCUCUGGGCAUAAAGCAAGAAGAGCUGGCAAAGCAGCAUGCAAAGUUUGUCUUGUUGCUGAACCAAACAAUGGAAGAGAAAGCCAAGGCCACCAUUUACAUAAACGAGACCUGUGCCCAAAUAGACAUGGAGAGGCAUGAUGUGGAGGUGUACAGGAAAUGUUUGCAGGCAGCAGAGGAACUAAUGGCCAAACACAUUGCAGAAUAUGUGCUAAGAAAACAGGAACUCACCUCACAGAUUGAUGAAUUUAAAAAAGUCUGUGAGGUUACAAAACUGGACACUUUUGAAAAGAAGGAAGAAUUGGAAAAAUUAAAAAAUAGAAUGACAAAAAUGAAACAAACAGUUACCAUCAGCACAGUGGUUCUAAGUGAUCACAACUUAGAGAUAGCACAACUGCAAUCAUCAAUAAAGGAGUGGGAAGAAAAGGUGGAGGCAGUAAAGAAAGCUUGUAAGAUUACAGAGGAUAAAAUAAAUUUCUUUAUAUCCCACAAGGCCAAACUGGAAGAUUCAUCACAAUGUGAAAAGAAUGAAUACUUACACAAAAUAAAACAGCUGGCUGAAAAGCUGCAGAAAGUUAAUUUAGAAAACCAAGAGCUACAAGAGCAAGUGUACGCUGUGCUCCAACAGUACAGGAAUGUGCUAAGUGAGGAGGAUCAAGUUUUUUCGCAGAAACGGAAGUUCCAUGAUGAAAACCAGAGACAACUGGCAUUUAUUGCACAAAAAGAAACCUUCCUAGCGCAAAGACGGGUAGACAUCAAAACUAUGGAAGAAGGACUUGUUACACUUGACGGUCUUAUUAAUACAAUAAGAGAUACAUAUAAAAAACAAAUACAAAUUCUGAGUGACAACCUGGAAAGAGAAAAUCAAAGAUGUAUUUUAUCUCAGUGGAAACUAGCUUGUUUAAGAAAACAGCACGCACGAUGGCUAGCUGAGAAAGCAGCUCAAAUAGAAGAAAUUGAAGAGGAAAUUGAACAUGCAGAACAGAUGCGAAAUGAAUUAUUGGAAGAGACCAAACUUAAAGAAAUGGAGAUUAAUGAAUUUGUGGUCCAGGUCGAAAACCUUACAGCACAACUGAAAGAAGAGGAGAAAGAGUUUAUAAUGAAGGAAAAAAAGUUAAUUCAUGACUUAACCAUAUUUGAGGAUUUAAUUCUUAAGGAAACAAAAAUUAACAAAGAAACAGAAGAAGAGCUUAAUGAUAGUCUUCCACAACUUCAUAUGGCAGAAGAAGAGUACAUGGAAAAACACCGAAAGCUACAAGAGCUCUGUGCGAUCCUCGCAGCACAAAAACAGGAGGAAACUUUGCUGAACUCGCACAUUGCUCAUGUUACAAGGGACUUUUCAAGAUUUGUUGAUCACAAGGAGAAAUUAAAGGAACAAUUAAAACAAGUACGAGAUCUAGAAAGCCAGAAAAUCAAAGAACAUUUUGAAAUUCUAAAGAACUUAGAAAAUGAAAUCUACUUACAUGACCAAAAAGUAGACCUUUUGCUUCUGGAAAAUAAAAGAAUAAAAGAAUACAUUUCAUACUUAAAGAACAAAACAGAGGAAUACAGAAAAGGACAAGACUUCCUCACGUACAGCUUCAAGGACCUGUCCUGGGAACUGAUAGCCCAACACACACAAUAUAUAUACUUGUGGGCAGACUUUAAGGCCAUAGUUAAGAAUUUGGUGCAGAAUGGUAAAAACACCUUGCAUGAAAUAAAAAAUCUAAUAGACAAACUGCGCACAAGGGAUGAAAAAAUUGAGUGCAUCAGUAUUUGGUUAUGCGGGAAUCUUGAGGACCUGCACAGUCUUUCACAACAGGAAUCACCAACAGAUCUCCGAAAGAAAAAAAUCAAGCAUACCAAAAAGAGUCCAUUUCUUACAAAUAAAAAUGAACUUGUAAAGAACAAAAUAACUCAAAGAUACAAUUGCUAUGAAUUCAAAAAGCAUAAACAAAAUUCAUAAAAACGUGAGUACACUUAUUUUUGUAUUUUGAAAUCUUUAACAAGUAAGCUUUAAAUCUGCCCAGCCUUAUCAAAUCACAAAAAAAGGAGCAGUCUUCUAAACAAUGGGUAAACAGGGUCAGGCUAGGGUAAGUAAGUGAGCAAUAGUUUAUUUUACAUACAUGGCUGUGAGUAGGAGUCCCUUGAAGUGUUUGGAGUAUAAACAUCCGAGCAUAUAUAUCAAAACUGUUCGCAGGAAAACUGUUCGUAUACUCUGUUUCAUUGACUCUAUGAAGCCAUAAGCCAUAUGAUGCAUCCUAGUUCAGAAAUGUCAAUGUAAAAGUGUCAUAGGAUUAAUGACAUACAGCAUGCAUUUUUCCCCAAAAAUAGGUGUAAGGGAAUAAAAACAUGUGUGAAUAUGUAUUUCUUAUUUGAGAAAAAAUACUAAUUUUAAUACUUAACAUUUUUUAAUUACUUCCACAAUUUAAUAUGGUAAAAACCAAUUAAAUGUCAGAAUGUUUAUGGUUUUUGUAGUUAUGUUCUGUUGUUUUCUUUACAGGAACAAUAAUCGGAACAUGUCUUCCACCAAAUUACAAACAGAAAAUCUAUAAAGUAUGCUUUAUUUUUGCAAUGUUAUAAAAAUACUAUAUUGGUGAAAAUAAAUAGCAAAAACAUA